CUCACAACAACAUUAUUCCUCCAAUCCAACCACAUAUAGAUAUUUUCAAUUUUCAAUUUUCUGCCUUAACCUAUAAUGGCCUCUAACUUCACCUUCACGACUUUCAUGAUAUUUGCCCUUGCAUUUUCUCUCACCCUGCAAGCCACUCUUGGUGAGAUAGAAUGCGAGAAUCUGAGCCAGGAGACGUGCUCGUUCGCUGUGUCAUCUGCUAGUAAACGAUGUGUGUUGGAGAAGCGCGUGAAGAGGAGUGGUGAGGAGGCAUACACAUGCAAAACAUCAGAGAUUGAAGCUGAGAAUGUGAAGGAUCACAUCGAAACAGAGCAAUGCAUAAAGGCUUGUGGAUUGGACAGAAAAUCCCUUGGAAUCUCAUCAGAUUCUCUUCUCGAGUCUACCUUCACACACAAGCUCUGUUCCCCUCACUGCUACCAAAGCUGUCCCAACGUUGUUGACUUAUACUUCAAUCUUGCAGCUGGUGAAGGUGUGUUUCUUCCCAAGUUGUGUGAGGUACAAGGUGUGAAUGCUCGUCGAGGAAUGGCUGAACUCAGAAGCUCUGGCAUUGUGGCACCAGGACCUGUGCACUCUCUGCAGUUCGGUAAUAUUGAACCCGCGGUUUCCCCAUCACCAAACUAAAAACUGUGAUUUCUUGGAACACGCAAGAGAAAUCGAGAGUAUAGCAAUUAAGCAUUGUAGCAUAUGAAUUGAGAAUAUCACGCUAUGUUUUGGUUGUAAUAAGGAAGUUGCACCUAAAUAUGUACUCUAAUGUAAGACGCUCCCUACAUGGUUGGUUCCUGGUAACCACGUGUGGUUGGAAGCGGACAUGGAUCUCUGUAUUAAUAAGGUGUAACUUUCACUAUAUUAUAAAUUAUUCAUAUAAAUUA